AUGGCGACCGCCAACCUCACUGACGAGCAGCGACUCGCCCAGCUGGGCCAUCGACAAGAGCUAAAGCGUCGAUUCUCACUGCCUGCCUUGCUCUCUCUUUGCGUAUGUCUCAUGGCAACAUGGGAAGCAGCGUCAACAGUUAUCGCGACUGCACUGAUGAGCGGUGGAUCACCAUGCCUCUUUUAUAACUAUGUGCUCUCCUUCUUGUUUUCAAUGUGCAUUGCUGCAUCAUUGGGAGAGAUUGCAUCCAUCUACCCAACAGCUGGAGGUCAAUAUCAUUGGGUUGCUGCCCUUUGCCCUGGGUCAAGCAAGACCGUUGCCGCGUAUACGACCGGCUGGAUCUCCGUGGGUGGCCAAAUAGUUUUCACGGCUUCGGCUGCGUUUGCUGCGGGCCUCCAGAUCCAGGCUUUGAUUGUCCUGAAUAACGCCAGCUAUGUUCCCACCAGAUGGCAAGGCAUGCUCUUGUAUUGGGCAGUGUUGACGUACGCGUUCGUACUCAACGUCUAUGGCAUGAAGGUAAUGCCGCACGUAAACAUUGUGUCAGGUGUGAUUCACGUCGCUGGUUUCGUCGGCAUUAUUGUGACCCUCGGUGUAAUGUCUGAAAAGGCCUCAGCAGAGAAUGUCUUUGUUGAUUUUGUCAACAGCAGCGGCUGGACGAACGAUGGAGUAUCUUGGCUGAUUGGGCUCAUCAGUGCGGUGUAUCCGUUCCUUGGUUAUGAUGCUGCUUGCCAUAUUGCAGAGGAGCUACCAAAUGCUAGCCGAAACGUGCCACUUGCCAUGGUAGGCAGUGUUUUUAUCAACGGCAUCAUGGGCCUUGCCUACAUCAUCGUGCUUCUGUACGCGGCUGGGUCAACAGAUUUAGCAAGUGCUCCGCUAGGGUUCCCAUUUAUGCAAAUCUACCUCGAUGCAACCAACUCGCACGCCGGUACGACUGUCAUGUCCGUCAUGAUCAUACUGAUCGCUAUUGCAGCGACGAUUGCUGGCAUCAUAUCAACUUCGAGAACUCUUUGGGCAUUUGCUCGCGAUCAGGCAACCCCUUUUCACGAUUUCUUGUCCCAUAUUAACCCCCGACUGCAGAUACCCUUUCGAUCGGUUGCUCUCGUGACAGCCUUGCAGUUCUUACUGGGUUUCAUCUACCUGGGUAACGACACAGCAUUUAAUGCUAUUCUGUCAAUGGCAAUCAUCGGACUUUAUUUGUCGUACCUCCUGCCUAUUGUAUACAUGCUUUUGUAUGGACGAUGGACCUUGAAGUCUCAUCAGUACGGUGCAUUCCGCCUUGGAUUUGUGCCGGGUAUCGUUCUCAACGUCUUGAGUAUUAUUUGGAUGAUCACUGUCAUGAUAUUCAGUCUGUUCCCGACAACAAUGCCAGUCACAGCCAAGAACAUGAACUACUCGGUUGUCGUCUUUGGUGGCUGGAUGGUGUUUGGCUUCGUCUACUAUGCAUUCUGGGCUAGGCACAAAUUCUGUGUCCCAAUGGUUGACGCCGACGUCAUCCCUGCGUUGGAUAUGGUGUCUUCCGAAGUUGAGAAGGAAUAG